CGGGCGGGGGCGGUGCUCCGCGGCCUGACUCACGCUGGGCGGGGCCACACAGCCUUCCCAGGCGGGGCGCCGCCCUCCGGGCCAGAGCUCUGCGACCUGCUGCUGCGUGUCCUCCGCGACCAUGCCGCCCUACACCAUUGUCUACUUUGCUGUUCGAGGACGCUGCGAGGCCACGCGCAUGCUGCUGGCUGACCAGGGCCAGAGCUGGAAGGAGGACGUGGUGACCAAGGAGACCUGGCUGCAGGGCCCACUCAAGGCGUCCUGUCUGUAUGGGCAGCUCCCCAAGUUCCAGGACGGAGACCUCACUCUGUACCAGUCCAAUGCCAUCCUGAGACACCUGGGUCGCACCCUCGGGCAGUAUGGGAAGGACCAGCUGGAGGCGGCCCUGGUGGACAUGGUGAAUGAUGGUGUGGAGGACCUCCGCUGCAAAUACGCCACCCUCAUCUACACCAACUACGAGGCGGGCAAGGAGGACUAUGUGAAGGCACUGCCGGGGCACCUGAAGCCAUUUGAGACCCUGCUAUCCCAGAACCAGGGGGGCCAGGCCUUCAUUGUGGGUGACCAGAUCUCCUUUGCAGACUACAACCUCCUGGACUUGCUGCUGAAUCACCAGGUCCUGGCCCCCGGCUGCCUGGACUCCUUCCCCCUGCUCUCAGCCUAUGUGGCGCGCCUCAGUGCCCGGCCCAAGCUCAAGGCCUUCCUGGCCUCCCCUGAGCACGUGAACCGCCCCAUCAAUGGCAACAAAAAACAGUGAGUGCCUGUGGCCCCCUCAACAGGAGGAAGGAGGCUGCCUGCUCUCCUUUCCUCAGGACAAUAAAAUUUUCCAAACAGAAA